AUGUCCUUGGCGCGGCGCCAGGCUGGUCGCGCGUGGUCCUCGGCGGGAAGCCGACGCUUCUCGCUCGCAGCUCCGGGCCAGCUGCCAUACCGCGUUCUGUUCUUCGGCACGGACGACGUGUCGCUCGCCACGCUCAAGGCGCUGCACGCCCACAGCAAUGAGGAGCUGGGCGCUGACCGCCUCGUCGAGCACAUUGCGGUCGUGUGUCCGUCGGACCGCCCCAUGAACGGCCGCAAGAAGGACGAGCCCGUGCCCGUCAAGAAAUUCGCGCAGCGCUGCGGGCUCAAGGUCUUCGACACACCGGCGCACUUGAAGUCGCUCAAGACUUGGAACUUCCCCGUGGCGGACAAAUUCGACGUGGGCGUGGUCGUGUCCUUCGGCUACUUUCUGCACCCGCACAUGCUCAAGAACCUGCACCACGGGGCGAUUAAUAUGCACCCGUCGCUCCUUCCCAAGUACCGGGGUCCUGCGCCGAUCCACCAUGCUCUGCUGAACGGUGACAAGACCACGGGUGUCUCGGUGAUUGAGAUCGACCCGAAAGCUUUCGAUGUGGGGCGCAUUCUACUCCAAGAUCCCUACGAUAUCACGCCCGGCAUCCAGUGUCAGGAGUUGGCAAAGGAGCUCGCUGCAUUCGGAGCGGAUUGCAUCGUGAAGACGCUGGAUGACUUGCCAGCCCGUAAAGGGGCAGCAAUUGUUCAGGAUGAUGCAAUUGCGUGUAAAGCCCCCAAGCUGACGCUCAAGGAUGGGUUUAUUGGCCUCGAUGAGUCUGCCACUGAAAUAUUUCAUCGAUGGCAAGCCCUAAGCAACUCGGUGGGGGUGUGCGUCCAGUUUCGAGAAAAGGUCGUCAAGCUUAUCGAAGUCCGACUCCCGUUGACAGAAGAGUUGCAAUCCGUUGAAGCCGACGAAGCUCGCAAUGGCCCAGCACCAACGGGGACCUUCUUCUUCGAGAAAAAACGCCAGGCGCUCUGGCUGCGGUGUGCCAAGGACUCAUGGUUGCUCAUUACUAAGCUGCAGCAAGCGGAUCGAAAGAUUGGCACCGCCCUGGAUUUCUGCAACGGCUAUCGCCUCAAGAACAUGCAGCGGGAGCACUUCGAGAGAGUGACUGUCGCACCUCUAAACAGCAAACUGUAGAUACAGUGUUGGCAUGCUCGUAUAGUUGGGCAGCAUGAACAGACCCUUUUGUUCGAAUUUGGAGAUAAACGAAGAUGCAGAAUUUUAUCUCGUGAAAGCCAUUGAAC